AUGAGUUGCAAUAUUAAAGAAGAGAUGACGCCAUGUUGGAACGAUAUGGAAGAAUUGAAGUAUCUCAUUUGCGCUAUCGAUUGUUGCAAAUGUCCAACCGUGGCACCACAGCCGAUAUGUCGUGUAAUAUUGCCGCCUAGAAUUCAAGAGAUCGGCUGUUUCAUUCCAUCUCAGAGACCUGUUUGUUGUCCGUCACCGCCAUGCUGUUUGCCUUUAUUACCAGGACCCUGCUGUCCUCGUCCUUUACCACCUCCUAUGUGCCCAUUACCAGUGCCACUUCCGCCGCCGCCGCCGCUAAGACCUGCCUGUCUACCUUGCUGCCCAUUACCAUGUUAUCCCCGUACUUGCUGA